AAAGAUCGUUAAAUGUCAUCUACUCUUCAAGGACAGACAUAAAAGCCCCCCUUUAUUCUUAAGAAAAAGAGCCGAUUACAAUGCAGACCACCUCAUACGAAUAGAAAUCUAAGUCCAACUCGUAAGCUUAUUCUUACUACUGCAUCACAAAUGGCAACUGAAGAUGAUAAACCACAAACCAUAUUUGCAACGGAUCUUCACCUUUUUCUGCAAGAAACAGAGAAGGAAGUCAAAGAACUCCAUACUAUUGGUACACCAGUUAGCAACCAUCCCCUUGCAGAAAUAAAGCAAGUAGAGCCUCUUCACAAUGAUACUGACGGCAGCUAUGAAUCCGAAAACUGUGAAAUGAAUACCGAACCUGACUCAAGCAAUCAGAAGAAAGCUGAGUGUGGAGGCAGUGUAAAGGAAGAAUCAAGUAGACAUUCAAUUGAACCAACCUCAGCUCACAGUGCAGAAGUAAACAAUGUUGGAAGAGGGGCUUAUUUUGAAGAGGGUGGCAUGGGGUACAAUUUUAAUGACACAACCGCAUCCUUUGAAGGGGAUCCACAUGAAACAAGUUUCCAGGCUAAAGAAGCAAACUUCCCGAAGAUCUCAUCAAUUACAGAUGAUAUGAAGUUGGAUUCUGAAAUUUUGCAUUCAACUGUCAGUGAGAUAGAUGAAAUAACAGGGAAAGGAGAUGGUUCUGAUCUAUCAGAAAGCACCUCAACACAAACAGUGUGCCAGAGUGACCGUAUAGAAGAGGCCAAAGAAAAUGCUCAAAUUGCUGAAAUACAGCCAGCUGGCCAUGUGAUGACCUUAACUAUGACAGAUUCACGUGCUGGAACAGCAGGACUUGGUGUUACAAAUUAUGAGGUCAAAUCAACUCAUGGGACAACAGAUGGUGGCAAUGAAGAUGUUGGCAUCUCCUGCCAUUAUGAAUAUCCAAACAAUGAGGAUGACAAGAAGGAAAAAGAAAACCGUGACAGCAAUACAGAACAGCCUGGAAAUAGCACUUUGGUAGCUAAAUCGAUGGAUGAGACAAUGUCAAAGAAUAAGGACUCAGACAAUGUUGAACAACUUGAAGGAAAGUCAAGCACCAAAACAGAAGGCAUUCAAGACACAAAUAUAUUAAGUCAGGACAUGGAAGAAAUAACGCACAAUCAACUUGAAAUUCUAGGUACAGGCUGCUUAGAAUGUUCUAUUAGUGAAAGAGGAAGCAGUUCCUAUGACAGGCCUGAAUCUGUCAGAGCAGUCUCUGAUAUACUAUCAAUGAGCGAGAAGGAAAGCCAGACCAAGGAAAAUCAUGGGGACGAUACUGAAGAAACAGUGCAGGAGAAAGAUGAAGUUUCUUCAGGAGAACACAAUUCUACGUCACAGAGUAGCCACAGUAUGGAAAGCAAGUCAGGAGAAGAUUUAGAGGUCAAGAAUGUUAUUAGCAUGUGCCCCAUAGAAGCAGCCAAUUGCAUGAAUGAUCAAAAAAUCAGAGGCAACAAUGUAGCUACUGAUUUAGAAGAGGGAAACAGAAGAAUGACAGAAUCAGUGAAAGACAAUAGCUCUGUUCAGGAAUUUCAAAUGAUAUCUAUAGACAAUAAUGCAGUUGAUGAGGCAAACAACCCAGUGUUGCUUCCUGUAAAAAAUAAUGGGAAAGAAGCAUCAGAAACAGGGGGUAAAGAACAUGUCUCUGAGGUAGAUGAUUCUGCACCGAUAGAGUAUGAAGACAGAAGGGGACUUUCCAUAGGAAAAAAGACAGAGGAUGAGAACAGUCAUAAUUCAGAUGACACAAGCAAGGAUCGUGAACAACUGGCUAUUUCUCAGUCGCUGGGAAAAGAAAAUCAGCCAAAUAAAGAGGACCACCAAUAUGAGGAAGCAACUACGCCAUUCAUGAGUCCUGAUGAACCUCUCCAAUCCAAGGCAGACAUUGAAAAUCCUCAAGUGUUCACCAUAGCAGAAGAGACAGAAAUAAAUGAAGACAAGCUUCAAGGUGAACCAAUUCUUAUUGAGCAAUCGAAUGAAAUGCAAGAUAUCCUAUUAAAUGACCAUUCACUUGAGAAGAUCGGCAACAAGCAUAGAAGUAGAGAGGAUUCUAGCUGUUGUUCUCCUCUAGAGGUAAUAAACCAAAAGAGCAAGCAAGAAGAUGAUCUGAAGCUCGAAGUAAAUCCAGGAGUAAAGGCAGAUGGAACAUUUGUUGGCACAAACAAUACAAAAAGCAGCACCAAGUUUGAAGAACCUGAGACAAGCGAUGCCACAGAGAGUUUCAAGAUAGAGAUGCCAACUGAAGAAAAGUUUGUUGAAGGGCCCAGCCAAGUUUUAGCAGCAGAUGAAACAGAAAAAUUCGGCACUGGAGAAGGAAAGGAGAUAGGAAGUGAAAAUAAUAAAACUACUUAUGAUGAUAUCAAGCAAGAAGUAGAACCAGAAGCAAAGCCAAAUGAAAGCACAAACAAUGCAAGUCAAACUUCAAAGACCGAAGAACCUCAGACAAUUUAUAGCACUCAGAGUUUGGAGAAACAAAUCUCAGACGAAGAACAGGUUAUUGAAGGGCAUCACCAAACAGCAGAGGAAAGACUAAAUGAUCACCUUCCAGAAGAUAAAAGGGAGAAAAAUGACAUUGAUACAGAGACAGAAGAUGAGUUGAAGCCAGAAGUGAAGACAGGAUUAAGUACAGAUGAAGUUUCUGACACUGUAGAUGAAGCAAGUAACAGUAAAAAGUUUAAAGAAGCUGGGAUGAUUGAAGCCAUGCAAAGUUUGAACAAUCAUUUGCUAAGCAACAAGAAGGUUGGUGAAGGGCCUUUGGAAAUUGCUGAGCGAUUAGAAAAUUACAGCCCUGCAGAAGUAGGAAGGGAAAAAAGGAAUGUCAAAGUUACAUCAGAAGCAGUUGAGUCAAAGCCUGAGAUAUAUACAGGACAAAAGUUUGAAGAACCUGAGGUAAUAGAAGCAACUCAGAGAAUAAACACACCAAUGUCAAGUGAAGAACAGGUUGUCGAGGGGCCUAUGCAAGUGUCAGUUACAGAGAAUGUAGUAAACUAUUGCACUGCAGAAGAAAGAAAGGAGAAAAGGAAAGGCAUUGAUACAACUGGAGAUGACUUAAAUCCAGAAGUAGAUCCAGAAGUGAAGGUAAAUGAAGUAUCAGCAACAACAAGCAAUGCAAAUCAAAGCAAAAAGUUUGAAGAAACUGAGAUAUAUGAUGCCGCUCAGAGCUUCAAAAAACAAUGUCCACCUGAAGAGAAAGGUCUUGAAGGAGCUUACCCAGUUUCAACUGCAGAAGAGAAAGUAAAUUAUAGCCCUGCAGAAAAAGAAGAGGAGGGAAGAGAUGUCAAGGAUACAGCAAUGCAAGAGGAAUUAAAUCCAGAAUUAGCUACAGGACUAAAGUUGGAUGAAUUAUCAGAGUCCAUCCGCAAUGCAAGCACAAGUACAAAGUUUCAAGAACCUGAGCCCAUUGACGUCACUCAGACUGUCAAUAAACAGAUAUCACAUGAGGAAAAGGUCAUUGAACAGGCUGACCAAGUAUCAACUCCAGAGGAACUAGUAAAUUACCACCUUGUGGAAGAAGAGGAAAAUGUCAAGGACACAACAACCGCAGAUGACUUACAGCCUGAGGUAGAUCCAGGAGUCAGGGCAAAUGAAAUAUUUGAUACCAAAGAUAAUGCAAGUGAAAGUACAAAGAGUUUGAACCAAAAGAGAAGGGAAGACAAGGUUGUUGACAGACCUCCCAAAGUUUCAACAGCAGAAGCAGCGAAUUAUUGCUCUCCAGACGUUAAGGACGAAGACAAUGUUAAGGACGCAACACUCAGCCAUGAGUUAAAUCCAGAUGUAGAUCAAGGAGAAAAUGACACUAAAGCAUCUGAGACCACUGAAAAUGCAAGUGAAAAUACAAAGUUUGAAGAUUCUGAAACUGUGGAUGCAACUCAGAGUUUCAACCGACAGAUGACAAGGGAAGAGAAGGUUGUUGACGGGCCUCCCAAAGUUUCAACAACAGAAGAAGCGGUGAAUUACUGCUGUGCAGAGGAAGUUAAGGAGGAAGACCACGUCAAGGAUGCAACACUCAGCCAUGAUUUAAAUCCACAUGUAGUUCAAGAAGAAAACGCCACUAAAGAAUCUGAGACCACAGAAAAUGCAAGUGAAAGUACGAAGGUCGAACAACCUCACUGCAUUGAAUUCUCUCAGAAUUUCAAGAAAGACAUUCCACAUGAAGACGAAAUUGUGGAAGGGCUUCACCUGGCUUCAACUAAAGAAGAAACAGUAAACUACUGCAAUGCAGAAGAAGUUAAGGCAGAAGGCUAUGUCAAGGAAACAGCAACCAGAGAUGAGAUAAAGCAGGAACUGGAUUCCAAGUUGCAAGUAUCUGAAAAUAGAGAAGCAACUCGUGUAAUCAACGCAGACAUGGAAACUCAAGACGAUGUUAUUGAAGGAGCUCAUCAAGUUUCAAUUGUAGAGAAUGUUGGAAAUUAUAGGCCUGCAGAAGAAAGAAAGGAGGACAAUGUCGACAAUGUCGACAAUACAACUGGAGACAAGUUGUCAACAAUAAUAAAGCUUGAAGAAACCACUGGCACUGAUGUGGCUGAAAUUUUGGAGAAAGACAAUCCAAGAAAAGACAAAGUCAAUGAAGAACCUUCCCAAGUUUCAGCUGGAGAGGAACCAGCAAACUAUAACCCGACAGAAGGAGGAAAGGAAAGGAAUAUCAAUGAUGCAGGAGCUCAAGAUGAGUUAAAGCCAGAAGUAGCUCCAGGAGUAAAGCUAUAUGAAAUAUACGAAGACGUGAAUGAAAGCAAAAGCACAAAGUUUCAACAACCUGAGCCAAGUGAUACCACUCAGAGUGUCAACAAACAAAUAAAAAGAGAAGAUAAGGUUGUCAAAAUGUCUCCGGACAAAUUACCAGCAGACAAAAUAGUAAAUUAUCAACUUGCAGAGGGAGUAGAGGUAAAGAAUGUCAACGAUAGAACACUGGCAGAUGAAAACCACGAAGCAAAGCCUAAGACAGAAUCAGGAAUGAUGGCAGAUGAAAUAUCUGAAACGCAUUAUGCAAGUGAAAGUACAAAGCUUACAGAAGCCAAGACUGUUGAUGCAACUCAUAGUUUCCAGGAAAAGAUGCCACAGCAAGACAAGGUUGUUACAACUGCAGAACAAACAACUAAUCAAAGCCCUGGACAAGAAGAAAAGGAGGAAAGGAAUCUCAAUGUUACAACAAUCAGCGAUGAGUUAAAGCCUGAAAUAGAUCCAGGAGAAAUAUCUCCGACCGUAGACAAUGCAGAAGUAGGAAAGGAGAAAAGGAAUGUCACAGUUACAACAGCAGAUGAGUCAAAGCCUGAGAGACAUAUAGGACAAAAGUUUGAAGAACCUGAGGUAACAGAUGCAUCUCAGAGAACAAACACACCAAUGUCAAGUGAAGAACAGGUUGUCGAGGGGCCUAUGCAAGUGUCAAUUGAAGUUAAUUAUUGCAAUGCAGAAGAAAGAAAGGAGAAAAGGAAUGGCAUUGAUACAACUGGAGCUGACUUAAAACCAGAAGUAGAUCAAGAAGUGAAGGUAGAUAAAGUAUCAGCAACCACAAGCAAUGCAAGUCAAAGCAAAAAGUUUGAAGGAACUGAGAUAUUUGAUGCUCAGAGCCCCAAAAAACAAAGUCCGCCUGAAGACAAAGGCCUUGAAGGACCUUACCCAGUUUCAACUGCAGAAGAGAAAAUAAAUUAUAGCCCUGCAGAAAAACCAGAGGAGGAAAGAGAUGUCAAUGAUACAGCAAUGCAAGAAGAAUUAAAUCCAGAAUUAGCUCCAGGAAUAAAGUCGGAUGGAUUAUCACAGUCCAUCAGGAAUUUUCAAGAACCUGAGCCCAUUGAUGCCACUGAGACUGUCAACAAAAAGAUACCAAGUAAAGAAAAGGUUGUUGAACAGCAUGACCAAGUAUCAACUCCAGAUGAAAUAUUAAAUUACCACCUUGCAGAAGAUAAGAAAAAGAGUGUCAAGGACACAUCAACUGCAGAUGAAUUACAGCCCAAGUUUGAAGAUCCUGAAACUGUGGAUGCAACUCAGAGUUUAAACCAACUAACGACAAGGGAAGAGAAGGUUGUUCAUGGGCCUCCCAAAGUUUCAACAACAGAAGAAGCAGUGAAUUACUUCUGCAAAGAGGAAGUUAAGGAGGAAAAUGUAAAUGAUGCAACACUCAGCCAUGAUUCAAAUCCACAUGGAGUUCAAGAAGAAAAUGACACUAAAGAAUCUGAGACCACAGAAAAUGCAAGUGAAAGUACAAAGUUCAAACAACCUUGCUGUAUUGAAUUCACUCAGAAUCUCAAGAAAGACAUUCCACAUGAAGACGAAAUUGUGGAAGGGCUACAUCUGUCUUCAACUAAAGAAGAAACAGUAAGCUACCAUGAAAUUGUGGAAGGGCUGCACCCGUCUUCAACUAAAGAAGAAACAGUAAGCUACCGCAACACAGAAGAAGUUAAGGCAGAAAGUUAUGUCAAGGAAACAACAACCAGAUAUGAGUUAAAGCCGGAACGGGAUUCCAAGGUAGAGCUUGAAGACACAAAUGAGACUGACAUGGCUGAAAAUUUGGAGAAAGACAUCCCAAGAAAAGACAAAGUCAACGAAGAACUUUCCCAAGUUUCAGCUGGAGAGGUAUCAGCAAACUAUAAGCCAGCAGGAGGAGGAAAGGAAAGGAAUGUCAAUGAUGCAGCAACUCAAGAUGAGUUAAAGCCAGAAGUAGCUCCAGGAGUCAAGCUAUAUGGACUAUCCGAAGACAUGAAUGAAAGCGAAAGCAAAAAGCUUCAAGAACCUGAGCCAAUUGAUACCACUCAGAGUUUUAGCAAACAAAUAAAAGAAGAAGAUAAGGUUGUUGAAAGGUCUCCGGGCACAUUACCAGCAGACAAAUUAGUAAAUGAUCACCUUGCAGAUGGAGGAGAGGUAAAGCAUGUCAAGGAUAGAACACCGGCAGAUGAAAACCUUGAAGCAAAGCCAAAGACAGAAUCAAGAAUGAUGGCAGAUGAAAUAUCUGAAACGCAUUAUGCAAGUGAAAGUACAAAGCUUACAGAAGCCAAGACUGUUGAUGCAACUGAUAGUUUCCAGGAAGAGCAGACAAAGGAAGGCAAGGUUGUUGAAGGGCCACCCAAAGUUUCAACUGCAGAACAAACAAUUACCGAUAGCCCUGGAGAGGAAGAAAAGGAGGAAAGGAAUCUCAAUGUUACAACCAUCAGUGAUAAGUUAAAGCCUGAACUAGAUCCAGGAGAAAUAUCUCCAACAAUAGACAAUGCAAGUCAAAUUACAAAGUUCAAAGGACCUGAAAUUGUUGAUGUCAGCCCAAGUUUCAAGAAAGAGAUGCCAAGUGAAGAUGAGAUUGUUGAAAGGCCACCCCAAGUUCCCACUCCAGAGGAAUUAGUAAGUUAUAGCCCUGAUGAAGAAGGAAAGACAGAAACAAAUGUCAAGGAAACAACAAACAGAGAUUACUUGAAUCCGGAAGCAGAUCACAAAAUGGAGGAAGAUGAAAUAUCUGAGAGCACAAAUAGUACAAGUAAAACUACAGAGUUUGAACUACCUGAGAACAUAGAAGCAACUAAGGGAGUGAACACACAGAUGCCAAGAGAAGACAAGAUUGGUGAAAGGUCUAUCCAAGUUUCAAUUGCCAAGGUUGUUGGAAGUUUUAGCCAAGAAAUAAAGGACAAGAGUGUUGACAAUGCGACUGGUGAUGAGUCACCAACCAGAAUAAAGCUUGAAGGAUACCAUGUGAAUGAUACAAACCAAAGUUUAGAGAAGGAGAUCACAAGUAAAGACAAAGUUGCUGAACAACCUUUCCAAGUAUCAACUGCAAAGGAACAAGUAAAUGAUAUCCCAGGAGUAGGAAAGGAGGAAAGGAAUGUGACAGAUGCAGCAAUCCAGGAUGAAUUACAGCCAGAAGUAGCUCCAGGAAUAAAGCCAGAUGAUGCAUCUCGGACCAUGAUGAAUGCAAGUGGAAGUAUUAAGUUUCAAGAACCUGAGCCAAUUGAUGCCGCUCAGAGUAUCGAAGAACAGAUAACAAGUAAAGACAAGGACGUUGAAGGGCUUCACCAUGUAUCAACUAUGGAUGAAAUAGUAAAUUAUCACCAUGCAGAUGAGGGAGAGGAAAAGAAUGUCAAGGAUAAAGCUAUCAUAGAUGAAUUAAAGCUGAAGGUAGAAUCAGGAGUCAAGGCAGAUGAAGUAUCUGAGACACAUUAUGCAAGCGAAAGCACAAAGUUCAAAGAAGCAGAGACUGUUGAUGCAACUAGCAGUUUCCAGGAACAGAUGCCAAAGGAAGACAAGGUUGUUGAAGCGCCUGCCAGAGUUUCAACUACAGAAGCAGUAGUUAGUUGCCGCCAACCAGAAGAAAAAAGGGAGGAAAGGAAUGUCAAAAAUACAACAAUCAGAGAUGAAUUAAAGGGCGAAGUAAAUUCACACUUAACAGUCAGUGAAGUACCUGAGACCAUACAAAAUGCAAGUGAAAACGCAAAGUUCAAAGGAUCUGAGCCAAUUAAUGUCACUCAGGAAGUGCCAAUUGAAGACAAGGUUGUUGAAGGUCCUCCCCAAGUUUCAAUUGCAGAGGAAACAGUAUAUUAUAGCCAUGCGGAAGAAGGAAACGCAGAAAGGAAUACCAAUGAAACAGCAACGAAAGAUGAGCAAAAGGCCAGAGUGAAUCCCGAAAUAGGGGUAGAAGAAAUAUCUCUGACCACAAAAAGUGAAAGUGAAAGUGAAAGUACACAGUUUGAGGUACCUGAGAGAAUAGAAGCAGCUCCGGAUAUCAACAAAAAGAUGCCAAGUGAAGACAAGGUUGUCAAAGAGCUGUCUUUCCAAGUCUCGAUUGCAGAGCAUGUAGGAAACUAUGGCUGCACAGAGGAAAGAAAUGAGGACACGAAUGUUACAGAUACAACUGCAGACAAGUUAGCAACAGGAAUAAAGGUAGAUGAAAUAUCUAGUACCACAAAAGUUGCAAGUCAAAGUACAAAUGUCCAUGAAAAUCUUGACGAAACUGAAGAUUUCAAGAAACAGAUUCCAACUAAAGACCAAGUUGUUGAUGGAACUUGCCAAGUUUCAACUGCAGUGGAACUAGUCAAUUUUAGCUCCACAGAAGAAGGAAAAGAGGAAGGCAGAGUCAUGGAUGUGUCAAAGCAAGCUGAGUUAAAUCCAGAAGGAGCUCCAGAAAUAAAGUCAAAUGAAACAUCAGAGACCCCAAUGAAUGCAAGUGAAAGUACCAAGUUUCAAGAACCUGAGACGAUAGAUGCCACUAAGAGUUCCCACAAACAGAUGACGUAUGAAGACAGGGAUGUUGAAGGGUCUGACCAAAUUUCAACUGUAGAGGGAAUCGAUAAUUACAACCUUGCACAACAAGAGUGGAAUGUCCAGGAUACAAGAACUCUAGAUGAGUUAAAGCCAGAGGAAGAUCCAGGAGCACAGGCAGAGACUAUUUCUGAGACCACAUAUUGUGCAAGCAGGAGUAUCAAGUUUGAAGAACCUGAAGCAGUUCAUGCCAACCAUAGUUUCAAAAUAGGGAUGCCAGCAGACAAGGUCGUUAAAGAGCCUCCUCAAGUUUCAACUGCAGAGGACAAGGUUAAUUACAGCCCUGAAGAAGAAAGAAAGGAGGAAACCAACGUCAAGUAUACAAAAUCUAGCGAUGAUCUACAGUCAGAAGUUGAGCCAGGAUUGAUUGUCAAUGUAUCUGAUGUCAUAAAUGAUGCAAGUCAAAAUACAAAGAAUUGCAACGACCAGAUGGCAAGUGAAGAUGAGGGUGUUGAAGGGCCUCCCCAAGUUUCAACUGCAGAGGAAAUACUAAGUUACAGUCCAACAGAAGAAGGAAAGGAGGAAAGUAGUGUCAAGGAUACAUCAGCCAUUGAUGAAUUAAAGACGAGAGUAUGUCCCAAAGAAAAGGUUGAUGAAAUAUCAGAACCCACAAACAGUGCAACGGAAACUACACAGUUUGAAGAACCUGAGAUAAUUGAUGCUGCUCAGAGUUCCAAGAAACAGAUCCUAAGUGAAGAAAAUGUUGUUGGUGGGUAUUGCGAGGUUUUAACAGCAAAGGAAAUAAAACAUUAUACCCUUGGAGAAAAUGUGGAAGAAACUAAUGUGAAUGAUACAAGUGCUGAUGAGCUAAAUACAGAAGAAGAUAUCAGAGGAACGGUAGAUGAAAUAUCUGUCAGCACAAAUAAUGCAAGGGAAACUACAAAGUUUGACAAAACUGCGACAUCUGACGCCACUCAGAGAUUCAAGAAGCAGAAGCCAAGUGCAGAUAAAGUCGUUGAAGAACCUCACCAAGAUCCAAUUAUGGUGGAAACAGUGCAAUAUUGCCCUGCAGAAGAAGAAAAGCAGCAAAGGUGUACAAUGGAUACGACAACCAAAUCAGAAUUGCAGGAAAAAGCAGACAAGUUGCCCAGAAGAAACACAGAAACUGAAGUGGCUACUUCAAAUGAAAAGGUUGAAAUUCCUGGAGUAUGGUCUCCAAAGUACGACGAGGGUGUAAAGGGUUCUAAUUACCAAGAAAAAAUAUUCAAAUAUGAUUCAGAAGUGACUGCAACAGCAUCAUCAAAGAAAUUAGGUGAAUACAUUGUGUCUGGAGCUGAGCCGCUAAAGCCAGUCCAUGAAAAGAUUGGGGAUUAUCCAAAGAGUGAAGAUGUUGCCAAAGAAGACAUAAAUACUUUGGAAAGCCACAAGGAUGAUACAGUGACUCACUAUUCACCAAGUGAAUCAUUGUAUGAAAUGACUAAUGCCACAGGAGGCUUGGUUCUGGAAAAGCAAGAGGGCAGAAUUGAUAAAGCUGUCAGUCUACUUCUCUCUGGAACUUCUAGAGAUGAAGAGAGCAAUAAAUUGGAUAAAGAAGAGCAGUAUUGUUCAAUUACACAAAAGGAAUCCAGAAAAGAGGUCAGCAGCAUACCAAAAGGGAGUGGUAUCAAAGAUAAGGAAAAGGAAGAAAAGGUUGAGGGACAGGAAAGUCUCCCAACAUGGAUAAGUGUGACGAAGCUAGACGGAGAUGAAAAUAUCACAAAAAGUGAAAAUGAAGAUAAAAAGUUUCACAAUCAGAGCAAAAACUCUGAUUUUCCAUUUACUGGGCAGGAGUCGGCAAGAGAAUUCCAAGGCAACAUAAAGGAGCUGCAACGUGCCAAUGAUUUCAAUCUUGUUGCAUCGAAGGUAGAAGCAGAAAGUGGAAGAGAAAGAAAGGCGAGUGAUGAAUGCGAAGAUAUGUCAAGCUAUAUAAAAUCAGAUCUAAUUCCAGAAGUGAAGGUCAUGGAGAGACCCAGAGAAGAAAUCUUAACAAAGGCUGAAUGUAAGGAAGACAAAGGUCAGGUUGAUAAAAUAGCACAAAAAGGUGGAUUGGCUGAUCUUACACAAGCCACAAAUAACUCUGAGGACAUCAACAUGCCAUAUAAAAGUUCCAUUAUAAUGUCAGAUUUGGUGAUUAUGGCAAAAGAAGAUCCUGAAACUGGCAUUGAAAGACAGCUUUUAACUGAAGACAAAGACAUCUCACUAAUGCAAAAAGGCCAGAGAGGUGAAACUUUACAGCCUGAAACAGAAGAACUCAAACCUGGAGAUGCUUCCCAGGCUGCAGCAGAGGCAGUCAAAGAAGAAUAUGGAGAAAAGGAACGACUUAAUAAUGACUGCAAUGACGAAACACAGAAAUUCAGAUCAGCCAUAUCAGAAGAGAACUCAGAGUCUGAGCUGGUGCCAGAACAAGAUGAUAGAGAAGCUCAAGGCCAACAAAAAACCAUCAACCAAUCAAGAUUGGAGGUAACUAGAAAGGAGGGGCCUUUUGAUCCUGUGACUGAGAUGGAUACCAGUCUCCUUCUGAACAUGCAAAAACAUGAGGGGGGCCCUUGUUGUGAUUCUGAUAAGCAAGAAGGAGGAGGAGAUCCAAAUGAUAGCUUAAUUGACAACAAGAAUCUCCCAGUCCAGGAAACAGAAAGCAUCUGUGCUGGAAAAGAAGACCAGGAACCAGUAACAUGCAACGAAGAUAAGGAAACUGAAAAAGCAACAGGGGGGCUCAUAUUAGAGGAAAAAACUACGACUUCACUUCCUAAUCUUCUCGAGGUAUCAAAGAAUGAGAACUCACAAGUGUCUGGAGACAUUAUUUCAGAAAGCAAGCAGACAAUUCGAAGAGAAGGGAUGAAGAAUGGAAUAACAGGAACUUCUGAACCUAAGGAACCGAACACUGAUGAAGCUAAAGAUGAAGAAGGGGAAGAAGAUAAACAGCAAAGAGAAGAGCUAGGCUAUGACCAUCCAGUCAUAGUAGAAGCCUCAAGAGAUAUCCAUGUCAAAGCUUCUCCAAAGAAAUCUCAUAGUAUCUUGUCAGGCGUUGGAUCAAAAGUCAAGCACUCAAUAGCUAAGGUCAAGAAAGCAAUCACAGGGAAGUCUUCUCAUCCAAAGCCAUCAUCACCAAAGUAAAGCAAGAAGAUCGCCAUUUGGCACCGCAUAGUUCAGUUUGGAAUCUUCUAUUGCAGAUAACUUGAAAUUCAUCAAACCAAGGACAUGCUAUCAGUUUAAAUCUAUCAUGAUAGGGAGCAUUUCAAAUCAGUACUUAAACAGCGCUAAGUGAUAGGGAUCAUAUAUUCAGGUGUAAAUGCCAAACAGAUGUAGUAAUACUCAGCUUUGUGUGUGUGUCAAGUUUCUGUUUUCA